AGGCUGACCUCGGCGAUUCCAACUACGACGAGUUCAGCGGUUAUUCUGGGUCGCUAUUUUCGAAUAUGGAAUACGACGAGGAGGACAAGGAGGCCGACGUCGUCUAUGACCGCGUCGACGUGAAAAUGGACGACCGUCGACGCAAGCAGCGCGAGAAGAAGAUGCGCGAGCAGAUCAGGGAGCUCCGCGCGGAGAAGCCCACAAUCCAGCAGCAGUUUGCCGACCUCAAGCGCGAGCUGGCGACGGUCAGCAACGAGGAGUGGGAGGGCAUCCCAGAGGCGCAGGAGCACCUGAAGGUGAAGGGGCGCAAGGCCACGAGCUUCACCCCAACGCCAGACGCGCUGCUGGCGGGCAUGAUGGGAGGUGGCAACAGGGCGGUCGGCGGCGCUGCCACACCGCUGGGCGGCGCCGGCACUCCGCUGGGCGGGGGCUUCGGCACGCCGAUGGGCCUGCGGACCCCGAUGGGUCUGCGCACGCCGACAGGCCUGCGUACCCCAAUGGGCCUGCGUACCCCGAUGGGCCUGCGCACCCCGCAUGGGGCUGGCACGCCGAUGGGCAUGCACACGCCGAUGAGCGGUAUGCACACGCCGAUGGGCAUGCACACGCCGAUGAGCGGAAUGCACACUCCAAUGGGCAUGGCCACGCCGAUGGGCAUGCGGACACCGAUGGGCAUGGCGACGCCGAUGGGAAUGCACACACCCAUGGGCAUGCACACGCCGAUGGGGAUGCGGACGCCAGGCAUGCGCACCCCAGGUCUUCGGACGCCGGGCACGCCACACACGCCCCACGGCGGGGGAGGCUCGCUCAACGACCUGGGGGAGGCGCGAGGCACUGUGCUUGCGGUGAAGCUCGACAGAAUCAUGGACAGCGUGACAGGUCAGACCGUCAUGGACCCGAAGGGUUACCUGACAGAUCUGAACGCACUGCAGGUGCAGUCCGACGCGGACAUCAGCGACAUCAAGAAGGCGCGCACGCUGCUGAAGAGCGUGAUCACCUCCAACCCGAAGCACGGCCCCGGUUGGAUUGCUGCGGCCCGCCUGGAGGAGGUUGCCGGCAAGGUGCAGUCCGCCCGCCAGCUCAUCGCCCAGGGUUGCAAGCAUUGCCCUAACAAUGAGGACGUUUGGCUCGAGGCCGCUCGGCUGGAGAAGCCUCAGAACGCGAAGGCGGUGGUCGCGAAGGCGGUAAAGUCCUUGCCACACAGCGUGCGCCUCUGGAUCGACGCGGCGAACCGUGAGCAGGACGUGCAGGCGAAGGCCCGGGUGUUGCGGAAGGCCCUGGAGUUCAUCCCGAAUUCUGUCCGACUGUGGAAGGAGGCCGUCAGCUUGGAGGACGAGGUCGAGGCCCGCGUGAUGCUCGCGCGAGCCGUGGAGUGCGUGCCCCACAGUGUAGAGAUGUGGUUGGCUUUGGCGAAGCUCUCCUCCUACAAGGAGGCGCAGCGGGUGCUCAACGAGGCUCGCAAGCACAUCCCUACCAGCCCCGUCAUCUGGGUCACGGCGGCGAAGCUUGAGGAGACCCAGGGCAACGAGAAAAUGGUCGAGCUCAUCCUCACACGCGCUAUCGACUCGCUCGCAGCGAACGGCGUCACGCCAGACCGUGACAUGUGGCUGAAGCAGGCCGAGGAGGCGGAGAAGACUGGGUUCAUCAAGACGUGCCAGGCCAUCGUGAAGGUCACUAUCAAAGUCGGAGUGGAUGAGGAUGUCAAGGGCAUGAAGCAGAAUUGGAUCCAGGACGCCGACGCGGCCAUCAACAGAAAUUCCAUCGAGGUGUCGCGUGCCAUGUACAACAACGCGGUCAUGCACCUGAAGAACAAGAAGGGCCUCUGGUUGCGGCUUGCGGAGCUGGAGACGAAGUACGGCACCUCGGAGUCUCUCGACAACGUGUUGCAGCGCGCGGUCACUUAUUGCCCGCACGCCGAGAUCUUGUGGCUCAUGGCGGCUAAGCAGAAGUGGCUUCGCGGAGAUGUCGCGUCGGCCCGCCGCAUCCUCGCCGAGGCAUUCAGCCACUCCAAGGAUUCGGAGGCAAUCCACUUGGCCGCCGUGAAGCUGGAGAGCGAGAACAACGAGAUUCAGCGUAGCCGCCUGCUUCUUGCGAGGGCUCGGCAGCAGUGCAAUACGCCGAAGGUGUGGAUGCAGUCCGUGCAGCUGGAAAGGGAGCAGGGCCUCUUCCAGCAGGCGCUCCAUCUUUGCGAGGAAGGCCUUCGGGAGCACCCCUCCUACGCGAAGAUGUGGAUGAUCGGAGGGCAGAUCCACAUGGAGAAGUCGCCGCCCGAGCUGCUAGAGGCCGCCAAGUUCUUCGAGCGAGGGCUCACCAAGUGCCCGCGCAGCGUGCCGCUCUGGCUCUGCGGGGUGGAGUGCGAAGUGCGGCAGCAGAAGUACACGAAGGCUCGCUCUUUGCUGGAGAAGGCGCGCCUGAGAAACCCUGGUGCCGACCUGCUCUGGCUCAAGGGGGUCGAGGUCGAGAUGAUGGACGGCAGCGAGAGGCUGGCGCACCAUCUCAUGAGCCGCGCUCUCCAGGAGUGCCCUACAAGUGGUAUCAUGUGGGCGAAGGCCGUGGAGCUCGAGCCAAAGCAGGGGCAGAAUGCCAAGAGCGUGGACGCUCUCAAGAAGUGCGAGAACGACGCGCACGUGAUCGUCUCGGUGGCGAAGCUCUUCUGGAGGGACGGGAAGAACGCGAAGGCCAGGAAGUGGUUCAACCGUGCAGUAACGUUGAACCCGCGCUUGGGCGACGCCUGGGGUGCGUAUCUGGCCUUCGAGCUGGAGCAUGGCACCGCGCACGAGCAGCGGGAGGUGAUCCGCAAGUGCGUGGAUGCGGAGCCCAAUCAGGGCAUCGACUGGAACCGCGUUGUGAAGAGGGUCGGGAAUUGGCGCGCGAAGUGGGCUGUGAAGCUCAAGCGCUACAUCGAGGAAGGGGGGGCGCAGGCGGCGAUGGCAGGAGCUGAACACGCGACCGCAGCCUCCACCGUCCGCAGGACCCCUACGCCGCCAUGGCCGCCGCGGCGGAGGCGGAGGCCGCGGAGAAGGAGGACCGGCGUGGAGGUCAAGGACGAGGCUGGCGUCAUGAAGCGCGAAGCCUUCGAGCCAGCUAAAGAGUUCCAAGGUGCACGGCCAGGUUGGGCCUUCAAGGACACAUGGGCUCUCGCGGCCUGGGCUACUACCGGGACGCCAAGCAGGAGGCGGUCAAGGCAGAGAAGAAGGAGGAGAAAAAGGAGAAGGGCAAGGCG